UUAGUGGUAUCAUCUCUUGAUUGUAUCAAGGCUAACAAUGAUUACGAGGAUCAACAGUCCAGAUAUCACAAACACAAGAUUGCUAUUGAACAGAUGAAGCAACAAUCAAAGACACUCUUGAAAUCAGUGGGAAUGACUGAUACCAGCUUAGACAAAUAUGUUGCUGGUUCUUUGGAGAAUAAGUUGGUCUCACUCAAGGAUUGUCAGUUGUUAUUAAACACUAUUAACAUCAACAGAAUACAAAGAGUAAUACCUAGAGAACUGGAGAGUCGUUCCUUGCUCCAGCCAAUCCUGUCCAGUAUAUUCUAUUUCCUGUCUGUUCUCUGUGUGGCUAAGUACAAGUCAAUACUGGACUCUGUUGAGAAAGAAAGGGCUGACCUCUCAUUACCACGACGACAGAGAUCAAGCACCAGUUCCAAUGGUUCCCAGUCCCCUCAGUUGUCCCUGGAGUUAGGGUCCCUCCCUCUUGAAGAUCCUUCUUCUCCUCCUCCUCCUCUCACUCCUGAUACCCUGAGGUUCUCUCGUAGUGAUAGCUUUGGCAGUUCAGUUGCUUCAGCUUCAGACCUUAAGGAGGUGCCCCCGGGGGAAAAGCCAAUGCAGUUCUUUGGAGCUGAGGGUGUGCUCCACCCACCAACUACAGUACCUCUUAAUCAGGCUGUUGAUGUCUCCGAACAAGUGAGUGUUAGUCUCCGAUUGGCCGGAGGGUGUUUAUGUCAGGUGCUGGUUGAUCACAAGUCAGUUCUCAGUAAAGUACUGACGACUGUUGAUGGGAGAAACCUUCUAAGUGACGCUGCUCUGAAACUAGCAGAAGCUAACAGUACUGUUGAAAUUACAAUGUUACUCUGCUCUCAGGAGUGGCAGACGUCCUUACAAAAAACAGCUGCUAAAUAUUUCGCAUCAUUAAUCACAGAGGGACGUCACAUAACUCAUAUCUCUGAGUCCUUCAUUCGUACUCUGGCAAUGAACGUAUCACAAAGUAUCAAAUCAAAUCAAGAAAUAUCAACUAAUAUAUUCACAAAAUAUGAAGAGGGGCUAUCAUUAUUCAUUAGUGACAUUAUUAAGGAUACUCUGGUUGAUCGUAAGAUGAAGAAAGCUGAGUUACUGAGACACGCUCAAACUGCUGAAGCACUGUGGAGGAAAUUAUCUCCAAUGGUUGAUAACUGUGGAUCAUUUGACUUCACACUCUUUAAAAUUACUAGACACAGCCUAUUAUGGCGGUUGGAUCUCAAAGAGGAUUCUCACAGACGAAGAUUAAAGACAUUACCUAAUCACAAUGGAUCCACUCACAGUAACGCAGUGAGGAGCAACCCUGAACAACUAGCAAUGGAGGAUAAGAGUUCAUUUGAUCCUAAUCUGUUACUGUCUCCAUUGCCGACUGAUGAAGAUCGACUCACUGAUGAAAGAGUAGGAGAAGAAGAAGGAGAUAUUAUAGUAGAGAAUAAAGAAACUCCUCAGGUUUCAUUAGACUGUUCAAUGAUAUUCCUCUCCUAUGUACUACCUGGUACCCUGUCAUUCACUAAACAACACUUCACCUUCACUGCUGAUGACUCAUCUACUGAAUAUAAUAAAGUAUCUCAAAUUUGUGACUAUUGCCCAUUAAGUGACCAGUGGUUAUUGGCCAGUGUUACUGCUGUGUUCUCUCGGUAUUACAUUCAUCAGUUUAAAGCACUAGAGAUAUUCUUUAAUGAUAAAAGUUCAAUAUUCAUUGUGUUAAAGAGUCCUUCAGAUAGAAAGACAGUCAUUAAUCUACUGCCUAAAGUUGGUAUUGGACCGAACUAUGGACUACCACAAACAAGGUCUGUCUCCCUCUCUCCUCCAAGACAGCUGUUCAAGAGGUCAGAUAUGACUGAUAAGUGGAUUAAAUCAGAAAUCAGUAACUUUGACUACCUCAUGUUCCUCAAUACAGUCGCAGGUCGUUCAUUCAAUGAUUUGAGUCAGUACCCUGUGUUCCCAUGGAUACUCAGUGACUAUAAAUCAAAAACCAUUGACCUGAAGGACUCAGCGAUAUACAGGGACCUUUCUAAACCGAUAGGAUGCCUCAACCCAUCUCGUUUGGACCAGUACCUGGAGAGGUAUGAAAUGUGGGAGAGUGACUCCAUCCCUUCCUUCCAUUAUGGCACCCACUACUCUACAAUGGCCUUUGUGGUCCAUUGGCUGGUUAGAGUGGAGCCGUUUACUAGUAUUCAUAUUGAUCUUCAUGAUGGAUUCUUUGAUCAUGGCAGCAGACUAUUCUCCUCUAUAGCAAGAGCUUGGAAUAACUGUCAAGUUGACUCGUCUGAUGUCAAAGAACUUAUUCCAGAGUUGUUUUAUCUUCCAGAAAUGCUACAGAACAACAAUAAGUUUGUCCUUGGGUUUGAUGAACAUGGGGAAUUUGGUGAGGAACUACCAGAAGGACAGCUCAAUGUUGUUAAUGAUGUCCUCCUUCCUCCUUGGGCUGAAAAUGCUGAGAAAUUUAUUGAAAUUCAUAGACAGGCAUUAGAGUCUGACUAUGUUUCUGCUAACCUUCAUCAAUGGGUUGAUUUAAUUUUUGGCUACAAGCAGAAUGGUCCUGAGGCAAUAAAGUCAACUAAUGUAUUCUAUCACAUAACCUACCCAGGAUCAGUGAACUGGCAGGCUAUCACUGAUGAGUAUCAGUUAAAAGCUCUGGAGCAGCAGGUCCUUCAGUUUGGACAGACUCCACACCAGCUGCUACUGGAACCACACCUACAGAAACAUCUCGCCAUUAAAGAGUUUCCACCUCAACCGAAAUCAAAAUUUAAUCCAGCUAUUGUUGCUGAGGUUAAUGUAUCACUGGACGUUCCAAUUGGUUGCCUACACCUUAGCUCCACCCACUCUCUCAUUGCCAUUACUUAUAACCAACUGUUUGGCAUUUAUAAGUGGAACUAUACUCAAGGUACUAUCAGCCAACCACCACAGAUAAGUCUUGAACACGAUCAAUCCAACACUGCUAGUCUUAAGGUCAGAUUAGGAGAUCCUCUUGAUCAAAGUGUCUCAUUCUCUUCAUCUUGUUUUGAUGUGACUCCAGCUGGAGACUACAUACUGUCCUGUGGUUUCUGGGACAGCAGCUUUAAAGUUUUCUCCACAGAAACAGGUCUAUCAGUUCAGUCAGUGUUUGCCCACAGAGGUAUAGUCUCUUGUAUUUCUUUCUCUCCUGAGGAGGGGCUUCACUCGUUGGCUGGUGAUGCUCUUGUUGCUACUGGAUCACAUGAUGUCACCGUGUUGCUAUGGCGAUGGUCAGGGAGAUAUAACCGUAUUGUAAACCAACUGGGAACCUCAACUCAAAGUUCAGUUAAUCCUAUUGCUAUUUUGAAUGGACAUGAGAAGACUAUUACUUGUGUUGCUGUUUCUGCUAGUCACGGGCUAGUGGCCAGUGGAGCUAAACACGGUUGUUGUCUCAUUCACUCUACUAACGGAGAACUACUACAUAAACUGGUCCCCAGCAACCCUUGGACCCACCCACACAUUAUAAAGUCGUCACCUCAAGGACACUUUAUUGUGCAUUAUGCUGAUCAAAAAGGUUGUCUUGCUGUUUUCAGUUGUAAUGGAAAGCAGCUCUGCUAUAAAGGACUAGGGGAACCAGCCUUAGCAGUCUCAGUAUCAAAUGAUGGUCAGUAUCUAGUGAUUGGUGGGUUCAGCUCUCGUGUAUACGUACUGCUACUGGACUCACUGAGUGUUGUGCAUGCUUAUGAUAAGAAUGAGAGUAGCAUAAGGUCACUGCACAUGUCUAAGGACAACAGGUUCAUUUUCAUUGGUCAUUCAUCAGGAGUAGUAUCCGUCUUUGCAACUCAUUUCUGGAGAACUUAAAAGUAUAAUAAUUUUAAAAUUAGCUGCUACUUUUGAUUAAUUUUAUGUCAUUUUAUAGCUGUUGUUGGUCAUUAAAAUUGUGCAUUUUAGUUCAAUAAACAUUAUUAUUAUUAGUA